CGCCUCUGCAAAAGAUCAACAAGAAGGAGGAAGGUCCUGCUUUUGUCUUAGGAACCAAGAGAGGCAAGGAGCAACGAGUUCUGCCCCCCGCCGCGUCCUCUCCCCUCUCACGGCUUCCAUUCCGGAGCCGCUUCACAGAGAAAGAAGCGCUGGACUGCCCGAAGCCAGGGAAGCGCGGCGCGUGCGCACUCGGAGACCUCCAGCCUCUUCUCCCCGCUCCCUCCCUCCUUUCCCCACCUUUACUCCCAAGCGCGAGCGGAGAUGUGAGGUGAAGCUUAGCGGAGGAGCGGCAGCCGCCAGGGGAAGCCGUUUGCCCGCCUCUGGAGCCUGAGGCAAAGAAAGAAAGAAAGCGAGAGAAAAGGAAAGGGAGUCGAGCGGGAAUUUCCACCGGCCGCGACAGAACAACAGUCGCCGCCCCGUGUCCUUCCCACCCACCCCCCUCAGCGCGAGGCUGUCUCCAGUCCGCAGAUUCAGAAGCUGCCCCCUUUUCGUGCCCGGCUGGCAGGCGCAGGUAGGGCGGGAGGAGCAACAUGUUGUCGGCUCUCGAGCGGCGCUGCUCCCAACCUGCUCGUAUCUGACCCCGUGGAAGCAACUUUGUGGGCUCCCCCUUUAGCGGGGGACGAACGAACCGCUCCCUCCAAAGCGAAGAGUCGCCUCUUCUUCACUGCUGGCGACCCACCCCGCCUCAGCCGCUAAGGACCAGCCUCACCCCAGCUCUUGUUCGGUUCGCCACAAGGACCAGCCCUUCCGCGGGCUUCACCUGCCUCCGGGGAAAGUGCCUGAGGGAGCUCCGUUGCGCCUCCGGACCGAGAGGGCGAGGGGGCGAUUGUCCGCCCUCGCCCCAAGGAUCGUACCUCGCCCGCCGGCGAGCGGCUAGGGGAGGACGGCAAAGCCGGGCAGUCCAAGGCGACAAUCGCUGGGAAAAGGCGGAGCGCACACCGAGCGAGGCAGGGAGUGUAUCUCCAGCGGGGAAUCUUUCUUCGCGAUCCCGAAGCCGCGAUUGAUGCAACUUUCUUUGAUUUCUCCCCCGCGGGUUAACUGGGGGACGGAAGAAAACUCUCCCGCCCGGAAAGGGGAUUUCUUAUUUCGUGGUUUUAUUAUUUUCUUCGGAGGAGGAGGGGGAGGAGGUUAGUUCCUCCUCAUCUUUUAAUUGCUCCUUCUUGAAACGGCGGGGCCAUGUGGUGAGGGCAUGACUCGAACUUGACACCUCUCGAGGAAAUCAUCAGGGUUUAUUUCUCGACAAAAAGAGAUUCCUCGCCUUUCUUCUGCUUGGGAAUCGGUUGGUGAAAUGAGUUUAAGUGGCAGCUCUUCCAGCUUGGGCAAACACUGUUACUAAGGGUGUGGUUGGAGGCUACCUACCAGGUCCUUGGCUGACCAUGCAUCUUCUCAAAGCGACAUUUGGCUGGCUGUGGCAUAUGGGCACGCUGUAUAUCUUUGCCCAAGCAACAUUAAACAGAGAUGGUGUUGUCAGAAAAGGUCGGGAGUGUGAAUUGUGGUGCCAGACAGCUCCUCCGCUACUUCAACAAGUGGCCCACAAACAAGAAGCAGCUUGGGUUGUGGGGCACUUAGGUGGCAUUCCUGAGAUUUCCUUACCCAAAGAGCAUCCAGUCAGACUCCAGGCUAAGGCUGGAGGUCAGGAGGGCUGGGCUCCAUUGAAGGAUUAUAGUGAUGCCCGCAAAGACUGGACGGUCACUCAGACUGUCAAGCAUGGAGAAGGUGUGCAAGGGGCUGGGGGUCACUUGGGAAAAAAAGACGAAAGUCAUUUGAGGCGAGAUUCUUCUGUAGCCUUGAGGACCAGAAGUGCUCUGAAGGCUGAAGAGUGGGAGAAGAGCUCAGCAAGAAUUGGGCGCAGGAAAUAUCCAAGAAGCAAGCGGGGGGCUGGUGAGUCCCAGGAUACAAGAGAAGCAAGAAAAAGUAAAACUUUCAAGAACAGGCACCACGUCAGUGUCUUCAAUAUCUCAGUGGAUAGUCAGACAACUCCCUUUCAUGGAGUUGUGGGGAAUGUUGUGCCUCAGGCAUUACCCUUGAAUGGCUCAGCCAGUCACAUGGCAGGAAGGGAACCUGCUGCCCUCAGAAAUGGGACCUUCCAACCACCUCAUGUAAAGAAUCCUUUUUACCCACUGACUCAGGAGUCCUAUGGUGCCUACGCAGUCAUGUGUUUGUCAAUAAUAAUCUUUGGCAUUGGGAUAAUGGGGAACAUGGCAGUGAUGUGCAUUGUCUGCCAUAACUACUAUAUGAGGAGCAUCUCCAACUCUUUGCUGGCCAACUUAGCCUUUUGGGAUUUCCUUAUAAUUUUUUUCUGCCUGCCUCUGGUGAUCUUCCAAGAACUCACCAAAAAGUGGCUGUUGGAGGAUUUCUCCUGCAAAAUUGUACCUUACAUUGAGGUAGCAUCUCUUGGAGUAACAACCUUCACAUUAUGUGCUCUCUGUAUAGACCGAUUCCGUGCUGCCACCAACGUGCAGAUGUAUUAUGAAAUGAUUGAAAACUGCACAUCUACAACAGCCAAACUGGCUGUGAUAUGGAUUGGAGCUUUACUGCUGGCUCUUCCUGAAGUGGUUCUGCGCCAAUUGACUAAAGAAAAUUCCGAAAUCAGUGGGAACCCACCUGUGGAACGAUGUGUGGUCAAGGUUUCUCCCCACUUACCUGACACAAUAUAUGUGUUAGCGCUUACAUAUGAUGGUGCAAGGCUCUGGUGGUACUUUGGCUGUUACUUUUGCUUACCGACACUUUUUACCAUCACUUGCUCAUUGGUGACUGCCAGGAAAAUCCGAAAGGUGGAAAAAGCUUGCACCCGUGGGAACAAGCGACAGAUUCAGCUGGAGAGCCAAAUGAAUUGCACAGUGGUGGCGUUGACCAUUUUGUAUGGUUUUUGCACCAUUCCGGAAAACAUUUGCAAUAUUGUCACUACCUACAUGUCCACAGGGGUAUCUCAGCAGACGAUGGACCUUCUCCAUCUGAUUAGUCAGUUUCUCUUGUUCUUUAAAUCUUGCGUGACUCCAGUUCUCCUCUUUUGUCUUUGUAAACCAUUCAGCCGAGCUGUUUUGGAGUGUUGCUGUUGCUGUUGCGAUGAGUGCAUUCAGAAGUCUUCUACAGUAACAAGUGACGAUAAUGACAAUGAAUAUACCACAGAGCUUGAACUGUCCCCUUUUAGUACGAUACGUCGUGAAAUGUCCACAUUUGCCUCUGUGGGAACUCACUGUUGAUUUUCCCUUUGAUCAGAAUUCUUUUCCAACUUAAAAUAAAGUUGGUUUGAGUUUUAGAUGUAAUUUCAGUUGGAUCCUGUUUUUUUUCCUAUGUUUGCAAAAGAAAAAGUAAAUUGUGUAAAAUUUAAAGAAUGCCAGUUUGUAUAUAACAACUUUUCUGUGAGAAAUAACUUUAGUUACUAAAAAGAACGGACUUAACAGGGAUCUUUAGAAUCAUUAUCUUGAUGGUGCUAGCAUUUCUUUAUUAAGGGAAGGUCGAACUAGUUUUGGCCACUUUCUUCUAUUAUUUAAACUAAUACAGAUUUUGGUUUGGGUAAUUAUUACUGGAAUUUCAUUCAUAAUGUUUAUAACAAGCAUUUCUAAAGUUGCAAUCCUAAAUAAAGAUACUUGAUAGUAAUCUUCUUAAAUUUAGACUUCUGCAUAAAUAUGCAAAGGAUUCCACUGUUUGUCUAUGAACUUUUUAAAAUAUGGAAACAAAUAUUAGUAAGUCCAUUUAUUUUGAGGCAUGUAAAUUAUGUGCCUAUAUAUUUUACUAAUGGGGUUUUAAACUGCUUAACCAAGAUCACUGUAUCCUUACCCCUCCCCCCAAAUGUUUUGACCAGACUAUGUGAUUUAGAGUGUUUGAGAAUAGUUUUAAGUUUGUUUGAUGUAAAUAAUUAUGAGAUAGUUUGACACAGAAACAAUAGUAUUUUUAUUGUAUUCCCUGUACUGUUAGCCAGCAAUUAAAUAAUUUUACCAAGUAAUAUAAGAAAAUUCCCAUAGGGGAAAGCAAUCAUUUUUAUGUUGACUUGUAAUAAAAUAACUAAGAUGGUCUUCAUAAUAUGCUGUUCCAGUCAAAAGCAUACAUCCUAUGCAUGUAUAUGCAUAAAGGUGUAAAGCCUCUUCCUUUGCCAGUAUGACCAACAAUAACCAUUUAUGGAGUAGAGUAGGAUAUAUAAUUGUAUGGGUGGCUUCUAAGUAUAAGCUCUAAUUGUAUGUUAACCCAUUGAAUUGGAAGUUAGAACAUAUCUGCACAACAGGUUCCCAAUAUUGUACACCUUUCAAAAAAUCGUAACAAAUCCCUUAAUUCUGCAGUACACAAUACUCAGGCUGAAGAUUGUUUCUUUUUAACCCAUUGUUGUAUGCAAAGGCAUGUAUUCUGUCUGUCCCAAUGGGGAUUCCCACUCAUAUUGGGUGUAUGACUUGUGAUUCUAUUAGUUUCUUUUUACAGUAUUUUCUACAAUAAAGGUAUGUCUUCAGUCUGUGUAUAUAACACUUGCUGUAAGUGAAAAUGCCAUUUGUAGGAAGUAGAGAAUUGCCACAGAAUUAGUGACAAUAAAUUUGGAAGGCUUACAA